AUGAUACAACUCAAACAAUGUCAAUUGCAGGCAAACCAAAGUUUUAGCGCCCUUAUUAACGCACUCUUUGAUUUGAACAUGAUCCAUUCUAUCAACUUUUGGAUCGGACAGGUCGCGAUGAAGGAGCCCGCGGCCAUGCACGCUCUUUUGGGACUGGACUUUCUCAGCCGUGUCAAUUAUGAACAGCUGCGCGUUGUCAGUGGUCAAGACCGCUUUCUUACUGCUAAUUAG